AAAGUUGUAAAAAUCCGAUCUGUAGGUCAGUUACAUUUUUUGUCUAUUGUUUGGAUUGGGUGCUGCGUUUAGCUGUAACGCUCAUAUGCAUUCCACUGAACGUAUCAUAUAGCAAUAGUAACUGGUUCUGUCCAUCAGAUUUCAGGCCAGAUCCCCAAAACUGCCGUUUCCCGUUAGAAAACCAGUUCCCACGUUUGCAAAGAAAGGGGGGGGGGGGGGCGUUUAUACCACGAAGACGCGUCACUUGGAGAGAUUAACCCGGGCUAGGCGACCGCAGUUUUGCGUGUUCCUCUGGCUUUUCAUGUCAGUCGUGCAGAACUGGGGAGUGUCCGCUACGACAGUGGUUUCGUUAAAAGUCGGAAUCGUCUUCUGUGCUGCGUGUUGAAGAUGGAGUUCUAUCACGCCGUUACGUUCCUCUGCGUCUGGGGCGGAUAUAUAGGGAGCGAGUCUAGAAUAUUACAGGACGUGUCAGUCGAUCGAUACUCAUUACCGACGUUUUGUCCGCGGGAGGUCGAAAUCGGAGACUACGUGCGGUACCAUUACACAGGAACAUUUACCGAUGGGAGAAAGUUCGACUCCACAUAUGAUAAAGGAGUCCCAUUUGUUGGCCAAGUGGGAUUCGAGGGUAAAGUCAUCCCUGGCUUGGAUAAAGGAGUUCAGGGAAUGUGUGUGAAUGAGAGGAGAAAGAUCACGAUACCACCUCAUCUGGCAUACGGUGUCACUGGCGCCGGCACCGUUAUCCCUCCCGAUUCGACGCUGGUGUUUGACAUCCUCCUGUUGGACGUGUGGAACAAAGAUGAUGAGGUUGAGACACGGAUGCUGGAACGGCCACGGAUGUGCCGGCGUGCAGUGCAGGCCAGUGACUUUGUUAGGUACCACUACAACGGCUCCCUGCUCAAUGGAACACACUUCCACUCCAGUCACAGGGACAGAAGCACAUACGACACGUAUGUGGGGCAGGGCGACCUGAUCAGAGGGUUGGACCAGGGUCUGCUGGGUAUGUGUAUUGGCGAGAAACGCUCCAUCACCAUCCCUCCCUUUCUGGCCUACGGUGAUAAGGGACACGGUUCCAAAGUUCCAGCGUUCGCAACAGUGGUCUACGAGGUGCUGAUGGUGGAUGUGUUCAACGUGAAGGAUGACAUAAAGGUGGAGGUGCAGGAGAUUCCACAGCCAUGCAAGAGGAAGACUCAGGUGGGAGACUACGUCCGCUACCACUACAACGCCACCUUCCAGGAUGGCACCCACUUUGACUCCAGCUACCAGCGCAACGGCACAUACAACACCUAUGUCGGCAUGGGCUAUGUGAUCACUGGGAUGGACAAAGCUCUCCAGGGAGUAUGUGUGGGGGAGAGGCGAAGAGUGACUGUGCCCCCACACAUGGCUUACGGAGAAAACGGAACAGGUGACCUCAUCCCAGGUUCUGCUGUGCUGGUCUUUGAUCUCCUCAUCAUCGACUUCCACAACCCAAAGGACUUAGUGGACAUUAAGGUCACCCACAAACCACUGGGGUGCAGUGUAACCAGUGCUGCUAAUGACCUGAUUCUGUACCAUUACAACUGUUCCCUGCUGGACGGCACCCGGCUGUACUCCUCGGACGAUUCCACCCAGCCUUCGCAGACGACCCUGGGUCAGGGCAAGGUGAUCACAGGAUUGGACAAGGGGUUACAGGGCAUGUGUGUGGGUGAAAGGAGAGAAGUGAUUGUCCCCCCCCACCUAGGUCAUGGAGAGAGUGGAGGUUCAGGAGUGCCAGGCAGUGCAGUGCUGCGGUUUGAGCUGGAGCUGCUGGACCUUCAUAAGGGCAUUCCUGAAGGCUACCUGUUUGUGUGGCUGGAGGACAGCCCCCAGCCUCUGUUUCCUGCUAUGGACUUGAACCACGACCAAGAGGUUCCCUUGCAGGAGUUUAUUGCUUUCAUAAAGCUGCAGGUGGCAGAGGGCAAAGGUCGUUUGCACCCAGGGAUGGACAGUAACAUCAUCAUCCGAGACAUGUUCGCCAAGCAGGACCACAAUGCUGAUGGCAGAAUCACAGCCGAUGAGCUGAAGCUUCAGACAGAUGAGGGAGAGGUUCCAGCGCGUGACGAGCUCUGAAAGACACGCGCUGAUUGGCUAACAAAGCCUUCUGCCCAGAGCAAGGAAAUCAAGGAGGCGCUAAUUCAUUCCUCAACUGCUUGGACUAUUAGACACACACAUCAGUUCAUGGAGGACCCGGUAUGAGACGGCUUGUACAGCAUGCCAGAAACGAUCAGAAAGAAAGGGGCUGUGAUCAGCACACUAGUUUAUACACACUCAUAUUAUAACCUGAUACUGUUUCUUUCUUUAUUUUUUUCUUACAACUUUAUGUAAAAAUGACUAAAAAUGUGUUAAUUUCCUCAAUGUCCACUGAUGAUACACUGCCGUUUCCUUCGCAGGGUUAGGACAUCUUUCCUAGCCAAUUUUUAGGCUGAAUCACAUUAGUAAAAGUCUUUCUCUUUCCUCCCAUACUUACUGUAUUUUCAUUUCAUUCCUGGGUCAAACCUGUCGUUUUUGCUCAACAACUUGCUACCUUAACAAUAUAGCUAUUGUAAUUUAUAUGAGCCUCCUAUAUUGACUCUUGCACAAGGUAAUGAUAUUUUUAAUAGGUACAACAUGCUGACUGACUUUGUGUGAUGGGGAGGGCCAGACCCUACUAUUCUAUGUGAUGUUAUUAUUAUUAAAAACAAUAAAAUGGUUUAUAUAUUUAAUAAAA